AAAUGUCGCAAGCAGUUUCCUUCACGUUGAUCGAUUUUUCAUCAAAUCCAUCAUUAAAACAACAUUUUAGUAAACAACAAGAUAAACGAUUGAAACAACUCGAAUAUUUACAAGAUUUACAAGAAUCUGGAGAAUUUAUUUCUGAUUUCAUCAAGGAAUAUCCGAUUCCUCAUCAGCCAGAUGAUUCCGAUAGAAAAUUUAUAUUCGAAUUGGUUAGAUCCUUUCCUUAUUGUAUAAAAAAACUAUCGGAUGAAUAUUAUGAAGAUGUUGAAUUUGUGAAAUAUUGUUUGGAGAUGGGUGUUUGGGAUUGUCAAAGAACAAUUGAAGAGAUUGAUGAGGAAUUGAUUAGAAAGGCUUUAUGGAAGAAUAGUGAUGUGUAUGAAGCACUGAGUGAGAAUGUCGCUAGUCAAUUCACAGCACAAGAAUUAAUUCAAUUGCCCAAUAUUGAUGAAUAUUUCGUUUCGUCCAAUAUUCAAGAGAAGGAUUUGCUUUCAAUUGAUAGAAAUAUACUCAUUGAAGCUAUUAAGAAGGGUUUAAUAACCAACUAUCAUGUAGAACCAUUUUCAAAUGAUAGAGAAUUGAGUUUAUUAUUAAUCAAACAACACAGAAAAAACGCCCUAUCAUUGAAAUCCGAUUUUGAAUGGAAUAGAGAUGAGGAAGCAUUUGAUGCGUUAGUAUUUUCAAAGAAUACAUCCUAUUAUAAUGUAAGAAGAAGGCAGAACGUCUCUGUUUUGAGAUGUACACCCAAUUUAGUGGAUGACAGAGAUUUUGUAAUGAGAAUUAUUGAGCACGAUCCCGAAUCUUUUCAAUAUUGUUCAGAUAGAUUAAGGUCGGAUAGGGAAAUUGCUCUAAAAGCUAUUUCUAAAGAUGUUUAUCAGAUGCAAUAUAUUAAUUCACCUCUAAAUAAUGAUAGAGAGGUUAUUAUGACAGCAAUAUCUAAACAUGGUCAAUAUUUUGGAAAGGCAUCGAACGAACUGAAAUCAGACAGAGAAUUGAUAUUGUUUGCAUUGAAAUCUCCCGAACCUAGCUCUGCAGCUCAGUACAUUGACGAGAGUUUUUAUGAGGAUCCAGAAAUUAGGGAUCUGAUCAUAAGAUCAGGGUAUAUCUAUCCUUUCAUUAAUCAAUUAUCUGAUUUUACGAGAGAGCAGGUAAUUGCAUGUGUCAAUGCCAAUUGUUUCCAUUUAUCAAAAUUUCCAAAAUAUUUCACAGAUGAGGAGAUACUCUUGGGUUGUGUAAGAAAUCAUGGCUAUGCACUGAAGGAAAUUCCAUUAGAGUUUCGAACAUUUAACGUUUGUUCAGUUGCUAUAGAGGGGUAUGCCUCAAUACUGUCUGAUUGUGAUGGAUGCCCAUUUUUGGAUGAAUUGGUGAUGGAUAGUAUUAAGAAAUCUACCCCAUAUGCUUAUUACUUACCAAAAGGAUACAAGUUCAAGAGUGUUGAACAAUUUAAAGAAGUUAUACCAUAUGAUACAGAUGGUGAAUUAUUCAGGUUUGCUCCUGAAGAGAUAAAGAACGAUAGAGAAAUAGCUAUGCACUAUGUCAAAAUUAAUGGAAAGGUUUUCAAAGAGUUGGGCUCGGAACUUCAAGAUGAUCCAAUCAUGAGAAAAGAAGCCAUUAAGCAUGGUCUAAAUAAGAGGCCUUUCAUCCCAUUAAAAUAAAUUGAACAACCCAUGACUCAGUCAUUUGAUUAGAAAAUUUAAGCAAUUUAAUACAGUAAAAGCACAAAAUUUAUUGUUUAGUCUC